AUGAGCACGCCGGUGGUCGCUGUUGGCGCUGCGGCGGUGGGCUUCUACAUGUACGUGCGGCGGUGGCAGCAGUGCGGCUUUGGGGGCGUGCUGGACCUGCCGGUGCCAAUAGAGACGCACGCGCGCACGGAGCACGCCCCCACCACCUGGGCAGAGACAGUGUACCUGUUCCGCGAGGCGCUGCGCUACGUGUACCAGGAGACUCUGGGGCGGUGGCACGCCAUAGACCUCUUCUUUGGCCUGGCCUACAUCAGCCGCAGGGAGAGCGCGGAGCACCCCGCGGCAGACAUCGCCGCCGCGGGGCGCCCGGUGUGCGGCGGCCUGACGCGGCGCGGCGCGGCCGACCUGCUGGCUGAGCUUCGGCGGCUGCGGCGGCUGAUGCUGUACUGCCAGGGCCUGAGGCACCACGGCGCGGCGGCGCAGAUGCGCCACUGGCACACGCUGUGCGGCACGGGGAAGCAGCACCCGCUGCAGUGCUGA